UGGACCAUACUGCAUGCUGACAUGGAGACAUCUAAAAAACACAUUAAAAUGACAAUGCUCAGAAGGAGAUAAUUUCUUCACUUAAUGCAGAUACUCCUCAGCAACCUCCUCAGGGAUGUCAUGGUCAUUGGCAUCUAGUACAUUUGGCAUGAAAUCAAUGCCAAAAUAGCAACAGCAGCAAAAAAAAAAAAAAAAAAAAAACCUCUGUGUUUCUCAGGUGUUCUUGCCUUUUCUGCUUUAGCAUCUGGAGCUUUAGAUUAAAUGAACUGUGACAACAUUUGCAUCCAGCCUCUAGUCGAACAACUGUACCUAGGAUUUAUGCAAGGGCAAGUGUUCCCUGUUUUGCAUUUUUUGCUUGCUUUGGUAAUGAGAGACUACCAAUUAUGAAAUAAGCCAUGUAGACAAAAUGCAUGUACUUCAAAAGUAAUCAUCAUCUUCUAAUUCUCCCUCUUCUGCUUACAAGGUGAAGUCAGCUCUUGAAUUAGAUCUUACUCCUGCAAAGAACAUCCCUAUUGUUAGUAAAGUAUUUAAACUUCACUUUGAUGAUCCUACAGGUAAACCUUGCUUACUACCUCCUUGCUCAAGAGAACAGCCAGCUACAUGGUAUUGCAGCAGGUUAACCUACCCACCUCUACAGUACAGAGAUGAAUGAUUCUCAGAACCUUGUGACCAUCCCUUACUGGGCAGUUCUGGGCUCUAUAAUGUAACAAAUACCCUAGACAGAAAUGGACAUGCUGCUGAACACUGGAAAGCUGAUUUCCUCUUUUUAACAUCUCUUGGCCUUGGCAUAUUUUUGAGUGAUUGCUUAUUCAACAUCUUCUAAUCAAGAGUGCCAAUUGUCUGAGGAAAUGGAUACUUCACCAACCAAACAAUAUCCAGUGAAAAAGAGAGUGAAAAUUCAUCCCAACACAGUAACAGUGAAAUAUACUUCCCAUUAUCCACAGCCUGGAGAAGAGGACUAUGAAGAAGCUAUUGAAGAUAAUGACAAUUUUGUAGAAGAUAAUCCAAAGAGAAGGCUGCUGAGUAAUGGAAAAUGGAAAGGAAGGUCCUUUUUUGGGACUAUCGACAUCCCAUCUCCAACAGGAGAGAAGUUAGAAGCCAACCAAAAUGGGCAAGGGCAAGGUUUUGCAGAUGAAAACAUUUUUCAAUCUAGAAAGACUUGGGCUGUGCUUUUUGGAUCUGCUUUGGCCCAUGGUUGUGUAGCCCUAAUAACUAGACUUGCUUCUGAUCGUUCCAAAGUGCCAUCUCUAGAACUAAUCUUCAUUCGUUCUGUUUUACAAGUGUUUUCUGUCUUAGUCGUGUACUACUACCAUGAGGAGCCAUUUGGACCAAAAGGCCACCGUUUGCGACUCUUCUUCUAUGGAGUAUGUAAUGUUAUUUCCAUUACCUGUGCUUAUACUUCCUUUGCAAUAGUACCUCCAAGCAAUGGGACUACAAUGUGGAGAGCUACUACCACUGUCUUCAGUGCUAUUUUAGCAUUUUUACUAGUAGAUGAGCGAAUGGCUUGCGUUGAUGUCAUUACUGUAGCGUGUAGCAUUGUUGGUGUUUGUCUGGUUAUGAUCCCCAACAUUGUAGAUGAAGAAAAUUCUCUGUUGAAUAUCUGGAAAGAGGCCUUUGGCUAUACUAUGACAGUUAUGGCAGGUUUAACCACUGCUCUCUCUAUGAUAGUAUACAGGUCCAUUAAAGAUAGUGUCAGCAUGUGGACUGCACUGUUUACUUUUGGUUGGACUGGAACUGUAUGGGGAGCCUGUACGAUGUUUCUCCUCCAAGAACCAAUAAUUCCACUGAAUGGAGAAAGCUGGAGUUACCUCAUUGGCAUCUGUAUAUGUUCCACUGUGGCUUUUCUGGGAGUCUAUUAUGCCUUGAGCAAAUUCCAUCCGGCCUUGGUCAGCACAGUGCAGCAUCUGGAGAUUGUGAUAGCCAUGAUCCUUCAACUUCUUGUGCUACACAUCUUCCCCAGCAUUUAUGAUAUGAUUGGAGGAGCUGUUAUCAUAAUUAGUGUCUUUUUUCUUGCAUGUUAUAAACUCUCUUGGAAGGACUUGAGGAAGCAAGAUUAUCAGGAAAUACUAGAUUCUUCCAUUAAGUGAAUGCAAAAUUGUUUUUUUUCUCUCUCUUUACUGCCAUGUACAAUUAAUAUGCAUUUAUGUAUGACUUUUCUAUAGUGUUGUGAGCAGCAUACCAAUGUUUCUUGUUCAAACAUAAGGGGUCACGUCUGCCCCAGCAUAACUCAGUGGAAAUGCAUCAGAAAUGUCUGUUCUAGACUCUCUAUGUGAGAAAUGUUUAAAAAUGUGAAAGCUGUGAAAACUAGAUUUUAUUCUUAGCUCAAAUACAGAAAGUGCUAAUAUUUACUAUAGACAGUUUUCUCCUGGAAGAUACCUUAUUGGAGUCUUACACGCAUAAUUUGAUCCAGAGGUUUUUAUAUUAGAUAAUAUCUAUCUAUGUAGAGUAGUCUUCUAGGGUUCAAGGCAAGGAAGUCUAUAGAAGGACAUAACCAAGCUGAGCUCCUUAGCUUCUUACCACAAGGAACCAAUCAAAUCUUUCACUGUACCUGCUCCAGGCUCUCUGGUGCAUAGAUGAUUCCUAUAGAUUUCAUCUGUUCUAACUGCCAUUUUUCUCUUGACCAGAAUUCAGUGCUGAUGAGCAGGCUUAUAUUUGACCUUACAACCUCAAAUGAUAACUUUAGGGUUCCUGGAGUUGAAGACCAGACAAGAAAGAAUGUAAUUGCGAAAACUCAGCAAAUAAAUAUGAAUUCUGAAAAAAAAGAAUU